AUGAUCCCUGUUUGGGUAGUUGAUCAGUCAAUCAUCCUGGAGGACUCUGCUCUGUUUGAGCUACUAAAACAGUCGAAAGAACAGGAAGGCCAUGUGGACCAUGCCGAGCCCCCCAGCACACUGAACCUGCCCCUGCAACACAACCACACAGCGGCAGACCUGUACCUGUCUCCUGUCAGGUCUUCUUGGAAGAAAGCCUCCUCCAUCAAUGGCAGUGUGCCGCAGACAGCCGACAAUCAGACAGCCCCCUCGGCGCCAUCGCAGCAACCACCUCCGAAAACGCAGAAAUCUACCUCGCUCUCUCUGUUCUACAAGAAAGUUUACCGUCUGGCGUACAUGCGGCUAAACAUGCUGUGUUCUCAACUGUUAAAGGGCCAGCCUGAACUGGAACCAAUCAUCUGGACCCUCUUUCAGCACACACUGCAGAACGAGUAUGAACUCAUGAGGGACAGGCAUUUAGAUCAGAUCAUGAUGUCUGCCAUGUACGCUAUUUGUAAGGUGAAGAACGUCGACCUGAGGUUUAAGACUAUCGUAACUGCCUACAAAAACCUGCCAAAUACAAACCAAGAGACAUUUAAGCGAGUUCUCAUCCGAGAGGGACAAUACGACUCCAUCAUAGUCUUCUAUAACCUGGUUUUCAUGCAAAAGCUGAAGACGAAUAUCCUGCAGUAUGCCUCUACCAGGCCACCAACUCUCUCCCCGAUCCCCCACAUUCCUUGCAGCCCGUACAAGUUUCCCAACUCUCCCCUGAAGGUUCCAGGAAGCAACAACAUCUACAUCUCGCCCAUGAUGUCUCCCACCAAGAUGACUCCUAGAACAAGAAUCCUUGUAUCUAUUGGUGAAUCUUUUGGGGCCUCAGAGAAGUUCCAUAAGAUCAACCAGAUGGUGAGCAGCAGUGAGCGGUCUCUGAAGAGAGGGCUUGACAUGAGCAGUGCCCCCAAGCCUCUCAAAAGACUACGAUUUGACACAGAUGGGCAGGACGAGGCAGACAGCAGCAAAUCUACUGGGGAAUCUAAGUUCCAGCAGAAGCUGGCUGAGAUGACCUCAACAAGAACCAGAAUGCAGGAACAAAAACUGAAAGAUGUGGCCGACGCAUUGAAGAGGGAUGAAAAGUGAAGCCACCCAUCACCUCAGGGGAAGAACACUCUAGUCUGCUAGACUUUCGCGUCAUAACAUUGUUUAUUUUUAUUAUUUUUAUUUUGUUUUUUUAAUUUUUGUACAUUUCAUAAUGUGGUAGUUUAAAUUCAUGUGCACAAAAUAUGUGCAGUUCUUUUUAAUUUAUACUCCUGUGUGGUUUGUAUUUUUUAUUUAAAAGUUGUUUUGGGUUAUUGAACAAACCUACAAAUGUGCCUAUAAAAGCCCAAUGUCGUCUGCAAAGACAGAGGCUUUUAAAAGUUUUGAUAAAUGCACUAAUUCUUUUUGCCCAUGUUUGUGUUGCCAGAAAUGUGUGCUUAUUAGUAUUUUAGUUCUAUCUCCACAAAAGGUGUGGGCAUAUUCUUUUCCAAAUGGACAAUGAAAAACUAUGUAACUGACCUCUUUAUUAACAGUUUCUUGUGUGCCAGACAGAAUUUAUCCCUGCUGUUAACUUAUGCCGUGUCUUCCUGAAGUUAAAUCUCGUAAGUUACCGUCUUUUGGUGCCAAAUCGAGGUCUAUGAUAGUCACGUAUGUGUCAUACCCUCUGUGACAGCUCUGAUACUGGAGACGGUUGCACCGCCCUCGUUUGAUGUAUAGGUCUCGUCAGUUGUAGUUAUCUUUGAAAGUACGCGUCUUCUUGUGUUAAAGUACUGUUAAUGUUACAGGUCAUUUUUAUUGAACCUCAUCGGAUAGAACCUGUUAAAGGUGCAAUAACCAGUGAUUCAUUGCCAUGUCUCACACGUCCCUUGUUUUGCUGUUGGUUUUUUCUUGUAUUAAUAUUUCAUGUUGACAAUGGAAGUUUGGUGGAAGUGCUUGUUUCCACAGUUUAUAUGAAGCAUUGCCAUCCGAGUGCAAUACCAUUACCUGGAAUUGUGUUGUGUUUGUGAGGUGAGACCUUUUUGAAAAUCUUGGUUAUUACACCUUUAAAGAGUUACUCAACAGGCUGUAGGGUUUAAAACACACUGCAUUACUUUCCCCAAUUUCUGCUUUUGUUGUAUGUAUUCCUGCAAUAUUUUUUUCAACAUAACGGACUGUUUUGAUAUUAAUAUUUAUAUCCCUGGUCAUAAAUCAGUUUUGAUUACUUUUAUUUUAGUUUUACAUCAGUUAUGCAUUGGGUCUUUCAAUCAAAAUGUCUUCUGAAAUCACAACACUUAUGCUGUUGUGUUGCUUAGAAUAUAGAGUUCUUGCUUAAGGUUGUAUUACUGGUUAUUCCACAUUAACCCACCAACAUAACGCAUGCAUUUAUUUAUUGCCAUUUUAUGGCAAGAGUGGGCAGGUAGAGUCCUGACAAACAUGGCUGACAGAUGAAUCCGUCAAAAUGCUGAAUUUUGUGAGAGAAGCCAGGAACCAAUUAAAUGUUGUGAUUUCAGAAGACAUUUUGACGGUAAGACACCAUGCCAAACCAGUAAAAAAAAAAAAAAAAAUAAUAAAAAAAAAAAAAACUAAAGUAACUGAUUUAUGAGCAGCGACAUCAAAGCAAUAGCAAUUAUGUUGAAAAGGUUAUAGCAGGAAUAUUUUCAACAAUGCACAAAUUGGGGAAAAGUAUUGCAGUGUGUUAUAAACCCUACAGACUAUUCAUUAACUCUUAACUUAAAACAUGUUUUUCAUAAAAUGUGAUUUUCCAGGUACUUGCACUCUAUUAUUCAUAUUAUGAUUUCUCCUCACGUGGCCUACAAUGACUUGACUGUUAUCAAACUAAAAAGGGAUCGUUAGAUACCUGUGAAUCAUAACCUUAUACAGACACAAUGGCCCAAAACAAGAAGUACCAGUAAUAGUAUUAGAAACAUUUUAAUAUGCAAGGUACUUUGGUUGUUUUUAGAGUUUUAGAUGAUCAAGACAUGUUGCAAAGGAGUAGUGUCAAGGUCUUUUGUUGGUCCACAGCUGGCUGGAAAAAUGCAAUUCCUUGAAAAUUAUUUUUUUCUCACCUGACAGAUGAAAAUAUGCCCAUCGUAGAUUUAUGCUUGUCUAUUGGCUCAACAGCCUGGCUUUAGUGUUGGUUGUAUUGUCACGCUUGUCCAGCAACACACACUUCACUUAAAAUUAUUAUUUCACUUAAAUUCACUUAAAAUGCUACAGUAAAGAGCAGUUGAUACACAUCAAAUGAUUUUUAGGAUGGGCUUAAAAAAUGUCAAUAAGUUUCAUUUUUCAAACUAGUCGUGGGCCAAAAAAAGAUAUGUUUUCCUUUCAUUUUUAUAAUAUAUUCUGUACAUAGACAACGUAAUUACAACCCCAGGCAAAAACAGAAACUGCUUUGUAUUAAGCCAUCUGAGAAUUCCUUUGCUGUAAUGAUUUUGUAGAUUUGUGUUUGGAAAAUACUUGUAACUUCAUUUGAAUUAUUAUUUGUAUAAUGUUGUGGCAAUUGGCUUAAAGACUGCACAUGCAAAAGUUUUAUUUUAGUUCAAAUAAAAGAGCAGCCACAAAUGUCUGGGCCAUGUUUUUGACCAAUGCUAUUCUCAUAUACCACAAGUAAUUGAAGUCCUUUUAAAAACAGUGUGACAUACAUGGAAGCCGUUGAGAUAAAGGAAGGUACCUGCUUUGAUUGCAGUACCACACCACUGCUAGUGAGCUUGAGCUGUAUCCAUCAAAUCACACGCUUUAUUGCCCAUUCUCUAAUGAGAUUUCAUUAGGUCAAGUAGAAUAGAUUUCCAGGUGUUCAUUUCUUAUGUCUUUACCAUGUACAAAUCC